CCACUUGGCAGCGAGUGCGCGGGAAGUUCAGCGCUGGAGUUCCGGGUUUCCCGCCCGCCCCCGGCCGGCCGCAGCUCGGGUGAGCACCCCCAGUCCUCGACCGACCGCUGCCUUCUCGGCUGCGUCCGUGAGUCCGUGGGUCGGUCCGUCGGUCGGUCAGCCCUCGGGCGCCGCGCGGGGACGGCCUGAACGGAGGUCGCCCGGGUUCGUCGGGUCGCGCGAAGCCCGCGGCGCUCCGGGACCUCCGUGGGGAGGCAGCGCCCGCCGAACCGGGUACCAGGUGGGUUCGGGUCGCGCCUGUCCCGCUCGUGCGCCCUGGGGGCCCGGCCGGCUGCCUCAGAUGCCACUUGUGGAGUUCUCAGAGCAGCUGUAACUUUAAACCAGUGCGAGCUAGGCCUAUUUUUAUUCAGAAACCAGCGACCGCGCGCGCGGACUCUCCUGUGUGUGUGUGUGUGGAGAAGGCGCAGAUGGAGGGCCAGGCGCGCUCGAGGGGAGCUCACACACGGGCGGGCAGGGACGGCUGCUCCUCCUAGCCUUUCCCGGAGCUUGGCGCUUGGCGUUCCGCCGCUGAGUCUCAGGGAGGCGCAGAUCGGUGGCUGUGGAGACUUUUGGACGAAGUUGUUGCCUGAGCUUGGGAGAGCUGCACCUGAAGUCCACUGCUUGGCUUCUACGCGGUGCUCCCGAGGCCGCCUCACUGCAACCGGGUCUGAGCUGUGGCCUAGGCUCCCCCCCUUGCAGGACUCUUUCUGAAAACACCUGGUGGUGAAAGACAAGGAGAUGAAUGUGGCAGCCAAGUACCGCAUGGCCUCCCUCUAUGUGGGCGACCUCCAUUCCGAUGUCACCGAGGACCUGCUGUUCAAGAAGUUCAGCAGGGUGGGGCCCGUGUUGUCCAUCCGCAUCUGCAGGGACCUGGUGACCCGCCGCUCUCUGGGCUAUGCCUACGUCAACUUCCUGCAGCUGGCCGAUGCCCAGAAGGCCCUGGACACAAUGAACUUUGAUGUGGUGAAAGGCAAGGCCAUCCGACUCAUGUGGUCCCAACGGGACGCCUACUUGAGGAAAUCUGGAAUCGGGAACGUCUUCAUCAAGAAUCUGGACAAGUCCAUAGACAACAAAAGCCUUUAUGAAUGUUUUUCAGCUUUUGGAAAGAUCCUUUCUUCCAAGGUGAUGAGUGAUGACCGGGGCUCCAAGGGUUAUGCGUUCGUGCACUUCCAGAGCCAGAGCGCCGCAGACAGGGCCAUCGAGGAGAUGAACGGGAAGUUCCUCAAGGACUGCAAGGUGUUUGUGGGCAGAUUCAAAAGCCGCAAAGAUCGGGAAGCCGAGCUCAGAAACAAAGCCAGUGAAUUCACCAAUGUCUACAUCAAAAACUUCGGGGACGACAUGGAUGAUGAGAGGCUGCGGGAAGUCUUCAGUACCUACGGCAGAAUUCUCAGUGUUAAGGUGAUGACCAACUCCUGUGGGAAAUCCAGAGGCUUUGGCUUUGUGAGUUUUGACAGCCACGAGGCCGCCAGAAAGGCCGUGGAAGAAAUGAACGGCAAGGAAGUAAACGGGCAGCCCAUUUUUGUAGGUCGGGCACAGAAGAAGGUAGAGCGGCAGGCUGAGUUAAAGCAAAUGUUUGAACAGUUGAAAAAGGAAAGAAUCCGCGGGUGCCAGGGGGCGAAACUCUACAUUAAGAACCUUGAUGAGAACAUUGAUGAUGAAAAACUCCGAAAGGAGUUUUCUUCCUUUGGGUCCAUUAGCAGAGUUAAGGUGAUGCAGGAAGAAGGACAAAGCAAAGGUUUCGGCUUGAUCUGCUUCUCCUCUUCUGAGGAUGCCGCUAGAGCAAUGACUGUGAUGAAUGGUCGCAUCUUGGGCUCCAAACCUCUCAACAUCGCUUUGGCCCAGGGGUACUAGGAAACAGACACUUAACCCUCAGCAGCCGGAUUUCUGUAGCAGGUUGGGGAAACCGGAAGGAUCUCUCUCUGAAGUGUCCUCUGUUAAUUUUAAAUCCUGCUGGGUGGCUGCUAGUUUAGCAAACUUUGUAACAAAAGGCUUUUUAUACAAAGACUUUUUUUGUGGAAAAAUAAAGGAUUCUUACAAGAUCGAUUCCCUUUACAGAAGCACACUUUUUAGUUUGUGUAUUUUUUUCUUAUUUUGAUAUACUUGUCAUAGCAAUAAAUAUACUUAAAUAUAUUUUAUUACAUUUUGUGGCGACUGAAGUGAGGUAAUUAUUUGAGAUUCCUGCAUAUUUUCUUUCUUGUUUUAAUAGUACUGACUUUAAUUUCUUCUAGGAAAAUAUACUCAAAGUUUCCAAAAUAAUUUAUUUUUGCCAAUGAAAUUUCUAGCUUUUUAUCCUUUAUUGAAAAAUCAAAAGUUUAGACAAUAGUUCAAAUUCAGUUAAAUAUCCAAUUUUAUUUUGAAUUAGUGUUUAAAAUAGGAAGUGGUUAGUUUCUUUUAAAUUUAUAUCCUGAUAUGGUUAUGGUUGAACUUUUUUUAAAUUUAUAUCCCAAUGUGGUUGUUUUUCCAGUGGUUUAAAUUAAUAGGAUGAAGGUUUUUAAUUUUGUCUACAAAGUGUUUCUAUGGGGUAUUUUGUUAUUCUUUCCACUGAUUGACUAUUAUUCAAUUACUUUCUAAUUAUCUAAAUUAUGACUUAUGUAGGAAAACCUUAAUGUUUGUAUUGCUUGUUAUAUACCUGUAUCAGUUCAGGUGAGCCAAAGUUGGUCUGGUCUUGAAUCUCUAUACCUGUAAAGCUUCAUGUUAUGCCUUAAGAUUUUGCCAGUAGUAUGUGUAGAAUAUAGAAAUUAUGUUUAAAAUUUGUGGUUUUUAAUCUGUUUUAUAUCAUUCUGGGUAGUGAUAUUCUCUCAGGGUCCAGAAAAGUAAGUUUCUUGGCUGAUUUUUAAUGUCUGCUUUUAUAAGACUGUGAGAGCUAUGUAAGCUUUUAAAAUUCACUUUUCACCUUGAUUGAUCAAAAACUCACUGUUUUCUGGGCAGUUGAAGUUAUAUCACAUAGCCUACUUUCUAGUUUAGUUUUUAUUUUAGACCCAUUCCCAGAUCUGACUUUUUUUCCUACCUCUCAUAUUAUUACUCAACCUAUUUUAAAGACUUUAAAAAACAGAAUUGUAUUUUAUUGUUUUUAAUAUGUGCUAUUUCACAUUCAUUUGGAAAACAAUUAAAUAAUUAAUUUAAAAUUAUUAUCUACUCAUAUCAAAUGUCUUGAAAAUAGUAUUGUUAUGGCUGUCGUUAUUUUAAUUUUGUUUACUUUGUUUAGUUCCUUCUUGUAAAAUAUAUUCAAAUCAUUGUUUCAUAUAUUGCUAGUAGCAAAGAAAUAUUAAAAUAUUUUCUUUGGUAUGAUUUUAGCUAUAUUGAGAAAGCUUUUUAUUUGUAUUGAAAUUAUUUGUAUAUGCAUUACACAUAGUAUAAAAUUACAAUAUUUUUCUGCCAGUAAAAAUAUUAUGGUCAAUGAAAAAAUUAAAAAGUAACAUAUAAGUAAAAUCUUAUUUCCAGGCAGGUCUUCUGAUAUAAUUUUUUGUAUAUCCUCCCAGGUUUUUUUUUAUACAUAUACCCAUAGGUAACUUAACAAAAAUAAGAGCAUAUCAUAGUUUUUGAAAUUACUUUCUUAAUGUGAUAACAUGCCAUGGUCAAUUUACACGCCCAUAAAUAUUAUCUUUAAGGAUUUUCAUUUUUGUUCAAUAACUGUACCAUAAUGUAGCUAAUUUCUUAUUGAUAGCCAUAUAUAUUGCUAGCAUGUUUUCUCCUUUUAUUCUCUAUCAUAAACGAAUUGGAAGUAAACAGCCUUGCAGACUCAUAUAUACGCAUAUGUAUAUGCGUAUAUAUAAUUUAAAAUGUAUAGACUUGGAAAUAAUUAUUGAAAGAAAAAUUUUAAAAAAACUUCAUUAACACUGCCCAAGUGUUGUCUAUAAAGCUUACAUUUCUAUUAACAUUGUAGGGAGUACCCUUUUCCAUAUACUCCAGGGAACAAAGGAUUUUGUUUACGUUGUUGGCCAAUACAACAUGAUAUUUAAAGCAUAUAUCUCACUAUUGCUCUCUUCUAAAUUUUUUACUACAUUUUUAAUUAAAAUUUAAAUAAUUUUUUUGUCCAUUUGUGUUCUAUUAUUUGUGAGUUAAUGUUUCACUAUCUUUUUUUUUUUUUUUUUUUUUUUUUUUUGACAGGCAGAGUGGAAGUGAGAGAGAGAGACAGAGAGAAAGGUCUUCCUUUUGCUGUUGGUUCACCCUCCAAUGGCCGCCGUGGCCAGCGCGCUGCGGCUGGCGCACCGCGCUGAUCCGAUGGCAGGAGCCAGGUACUCAUCCUGGCCUCCCAUGGGGUGCAGGGCCCAAGGACUUGGGCCAUCCUCCACUGUACUCCAGGGUCACAGCAGAGAGCUGGCCUGGAAGAGGGGCAACCUGGACAGAAUCCAGCGCCCCGAUCGGGACUAGAACCCGGUGUGCCGGUGCCGCAAGGCAGAGGAUUAGCCUAGUGAGCCACGGCGCCGGCUUCAUUAUCUUUAUUUUUCUAUUGGCAUAUAUUUUUUAUUUAUAUUGAUUUGUUAGAUUUCUUUGCAUAGCAUAGACACCAUUUAGACAUUUCCCCAACAUUCUCACUUUGCUUAUAGUUUUGAAUGUUAUUCCAAAGUUAAAUGUUAAGCCCCAAAUUUCUAAUCUUUUAAUUAGAUCAUUCUUCAAGACAUUUUUGAACACCUUAAAUAUCUGUAUACUUACACAUACACACACAUGCAUAGUCUCUGUGUAUUGUAUGCUGUUAUUUUGAGUUUUCUAUCCUCAACACUUUCUAACCAAAACUUUUACGUAUAAAGUAUCUAGUAUAAAGCCCAUAGUAUUUUUUAAUGUGUCUUACUUUUCAGUUUUUAAUAAUAUAUGUUGUGAAUACUGUUUUUUUGUAAUUAUUUAUGUGUAGGGCCCAGUGCUGUUGCACAAUCAGUUAAGCCAUGGCCUGCAGGACUGGCAUCAGAUAUGAGUGUGGAUUUGCGUUCUGGCUAUUCCUCUUCCUAUCUGACUCCCUGCUAAUGUGCAUGAGAGGAUGACCCAACUCCAUUGGCCCCUGCACUCACAUAAGAGACCCAGAAGAAGCUUCUGCUCCUGACUUUGGCCACAGUCAUUGUGACCAUUUAGGGAGCAACUAGUGUAUGGAAGAUCUUUCUCUCUGUGUCUUUCCUUCUCGCUCUCUGUAACUCCGCCUUUCAAAUAAAUAAAUAAAUCUUUUUUAAAAAAAUAAUAAUUUCUGUGAUGCUCUCAUAUGCCGAUUCUAAUUCAUUGGCUUUCUGAAUCACUAUGUAGGAAAGUAUUUACCUCAUAUGUAAAAAGUUGUUUAGGAGGAACACCAGGAAACAAGACUGCAAUAUGUAAAUAGGUAUAUCAGAUCUCCUCAUGUAUGUAAUCAAGAUAAUUUCAGAAAACUAAAUUCUCUCUGUAUGCACAAAGAAAUAAUAAGACAUAAUAUAACAUGUCCAGAGGAAUUGUAGUUAUAGCUUAAUGACAUGGUAAUAGACCACCUCAGCAUAAAUUGCUUAUUUUUUUAUUAUUCAGCAUAAUAAAUGAUACCAGCUUACAAAACUGUAUUUAAAGUUGUCUCAUUGCAAGUUGCAGAUGUGUGUGCAUGUGUAUGAUCAUAUCAAGCCAUUCUAGUUUGCAGUAGAGGUUCAUUCUUUCAAGAAAAUUAAAUCCUUUGCACCCAAGUACCUUAAUAAAUAAGUAGAAUCUUCCCUUUUCUGGUAAGCAUUCCAACAAAAUCUAAUUUACAUAAACAUGUGUUAACCACUGCUUCCACUCUUGCCUUUGUCUCCAUAAAUAUUUCCAAGACUGUUGUAUUGAUUCCUACUUACAUGUAACAUUGAUUUAAGAAAUAUGCAACUUUUUAACAUUUUAUUUUUUAGUUUGUAAAGUGAAAAUUUCUGGUAAAAAUACAGUUUUUAAAGUUGCUUUUAUUGUUAUUUUAAUUUUCUUAAUAGUUUUAUAUACCCAUGGGAAAAAUAUCAAAUAAAAUUAAGAAUUUCAAUAAUGAAGAUAUGUCUGAAAUGAUUUUCAUUUACUUUAAUGUAAUUCUAAUUUUCUAAGCACCAGUUUCUCUUAAGAAUGAACUGAACAGAUUGUGUUUUUAAAUGAAGACACUUGUAUUUCCUCUUUUAAAAUGCCAAUUCCUGUAUGAACUAGUAUUUCUAAGAAACUCAUAAUGAUGGGAUGAUAAUUAAAAAGAAAACAGUAAAGUUAGAUCAAGUUUUCUUGAGGAAUAAUUGACUAUUUUACAUACAACUCUGAAUUUAAUUGUUAAAAUAAAAUUCACCUAACAUAUUGAGCAUUUAGAAUUAGGUUACUUGUAUUAUAUUUGGAAAUAUGCUUCAUAAUGUAAUUGUUUUAAAUAUUUAAUUAUUUCCAAAAGCAGAGUUACCUAGACAAAAGGAGAGAUGAUAGAUAGGUAGAUAGACAGACAGACAGACAGAUAGACAGAUAAUUUCAUUCACCCUCUGGUUGACUCCCCAGAUUGUAGCAAGUGAAGCAGCUGGAACGUGAACCGGUGCUCUUAUGGGAUGGAAAGCCAGCAUCACAGGCAGCAGUUCAACCCACUAUGCCGUGCGUAAAGUAAAUUUUUAAAAAAUAGACAGUAAAAUAGAAAAGAAGGUUUUUAAAAUUUGUGUUUUAGAAAAUAAAACAAAUUAAAUAUUCUCAGAAUACCUCUGACUUCAAGUAAAGAAAAUACCACCCCAAUUGGAAAAUUAAAUAUUAACUAACAAAUGUUCAAUCUUGGCUUCUUCACAACGUCUCCUGGCUCUCUGCUCUCCUUGUCUUGGCUUCAUCAUUCCAGGUGGCAAAAUUGUUGCAGGAAUUCCUGUCACCACACUGUGACACUGAAACAUUCAGUAGUAGAUUUCUUCUCUAGAAACCUGUUAGGUACUUUCUCACUUGGUUCUUAUCAGUCACUAUUAGUAUAUAGAUUCAACAAGAUCUGCCAUCAGAAUUGAGAAGGUAGUCAACUUUCCAAGUUCUGUGUGAAACAGGUUGUCAGGGGAGGAAAAAGAGUCAGAACGGAUGGAGGAGGUCUCUGCAACUCAAACUGGGUUAUUUUUCAUUAUUCAUAUCUAAUUUCGAAUUUCAGUAGGCAUUUGAUUUUGGUUUUUUUUUUUUUUUUGAGUCUUGUUUAUAAAUAGUUCUCAAAAUCCCAUUUUCUUCCUUCAAAUAGUUUUCAACAGUGAGUCAAGCUGAUGGUUUUCCUCUCUGAUUUUAUACAAAGGUAGUGAAUGAAUUACACAAAUACACAGCUAUAUUAUACAUAUUAAAAUCGUUUUUGUUUGAUAAUAGGACUUGUUUGUUAAAGAUAUAAUACUUUGUUGUAUCUGUAUUAAAAAUAAUGAAAAUUCACUUGAAAGAUCUGAUUCACUUUAGUCACUUUUAUAGAUUUCCAACAACAAUAAUUAACAAUGAUUACAAAUGAUCAGGGAUGUUUCAAUAGAAAUCUGUAUUUAAUAAAUAAUUGGCUUCUUCAGUUUAAAUCAGUAUAAUCUAAGCCCAACUUGUUUUCAGUUAAGCUAUUAUUUUAGAAAUGUACAAGAGGCAAAGAAUACCUAAUUCACUGUAUAUGCCAACAACUGUUGCAAUAUUUUAUAUGAAGAAUUUCAAAAGAAUAAUUCCUCCUGACAAUGUAAUGGAUAAAUGUUGAAAAAAUCUUGAAGUUAUACACUUACAAAAUGGCCCCAAUAUAAAAAAGAGGAAUUUAUACACAUAAAUAAAUUACCAAGUGUUCAUUUUCCUUACUAAAGGAUUUGCUAAUAAGUGCUUUAGAGGGAAACUUAAGUAGUUCAUUCUGAUUAUGUGAGUUAACAAAAUUGAACCUACUCA